AUGUGUUUUAUUACAGGUUGCAUCACCACCAAGGAGCUCGGAACAGUGAUGCGUUCACUGGGACAGAACCCAACUGAAGCUGAGCUUCAGGACAUGAUAAACGAGGUCGAUGCUGAUGGCAAUGGCACGAUCGAUUUCCCCGAGUUCCUGAACCUCAUGGCCCGAAAGAUGAAGGACACUGACUCCGAGGAGGAGCUCAAGGAGGCCUUCAGGGUGUUCGACAAGGACCAGAACGGUUUCAUCUCUGCAGCUGAGCUCCGUCACGUGAUGACGAAUCUCGGGGAGAAGCUUACCGAUGAGGAGGUCGAUGAGAUGAUCCGUGAGGCUGAUGUGGACGGUGAUGGCCAGAUCAACUACGAGGAGUUUGUCAAAGUCAUGAUGGCCAAAAGGAGGGCAAGGAGAAGCGAGAGCAUGCAACACGAAAGGGUCAAGUUCAGAAAAAUCUGCUGGAAGGUCUGUGUAAUCCUCUGA